UUGUCGGAGGAAUUUUGUUUACUCCGGUAACAGAAAAAAAACGACAUGCCCAAAAGUUGUUGCGUGGUGGGCUGCACCUCAAACAUUAAGAAAAACCCCGGGGUAAAAUUUACACCUUUACCAUGGAUAAAUCAAGCGGAAAGGCGUAUGUUGUGGCUUCAGGCUAUAAAGAGGGAAGCGCCAGAUGGAGGGUUGUGGGACCCAAAGACCCCUCACACUUAUGUCUGUGGGAAACAUUUCAUAACAGGAAGUCAUGUCAAAGAACCCCUGCACCCGGAUUAUGUGCCCACUAUAUUUCCUCACCGUACUGUGGCAGACUCAAAACAGAAAAUAAAUAGGUAUAAAAACGCCAGGAAACGUGAACAGAUGUCCUAUAUCAAACGCAAAGUAGCUAAAACGACUGCUGUGAGCCCCGUUCCACCUACAAAUGAAGACGAAGAUGCUAUCAAUGACGAUUUUGAAGAUGUCCCUAAUGAAAUGCCUGAGACAAGGAACUGCCUAUCAUCGUAUUCUGUGGAGGGAGAUGAUGGAAAGUGCCGACAGAUGACGGGACUCAGCUGGGCGAUGUUUUUGAGCCUAUUUACCUUUCUCAACCAGUUCGUUACGAGGCGAGACUACAUCUCCCUUCCACCGCGGGACCAGCUGUUUAUCACACUGAUAAAACUGAGACAAAACCCAUCUUUUUUUUUCAUGAGUCACGUUUUGAAAAUGCCUCAAACAACGGUCAGGCAAAUUUUUAUCCGAUGGCUUGACCUGUUGUAUGGAAAAAUCUCCUUUUUGGUUCACUGGCCUGAUAGAGAAUGCUUUUCAAUGAUACCUCCAGAAAUGAAGGCCCAGUUCCCACGACUCACAGCAAUCAUAGAUUGUUUUGAAAUCAGGACAGAGUACCCCAGCAACCUUAAAGCUAGAGCAAAAUCAUACUCUAACUACAAAAAAUGGACUACAGUGAAAUAUUUAAUAGCUUGCAGUCCAUCUGGCAGCAUUACAUUUUUGUCAAAUGGCUGGGGAGGAAGGGCCUCUGAUGUGCAUAUUGUUCGACAGUCAGGGUUCCUGUCCUCAGUGUACCAUUCUCCAGGUGAUCAGAUAUUGGCAGACAGGGGGUUUACACUCCAGGAUGACUUUGCCCUCCUCGGUGUCGAGCUGCUAACACCAUCUUUCACAAAAGGGAGAAAGCAGUUACCUGGGAGAGAGGUGGAAAUGUCUCGUAGGAAGUCAAACAUCCGGAUUCAUAUUGAGCGGGUGAUUGGUGUGCUGAAAGGCCGCUUUCACAUCCUUGACGGUCCACUCCCUCGCUGUCUGGUCCAGUCUGCACGGGACAAAAACCAAGGGCAAGCCACAGUUGACAAACUCGUAAAUGUUUGUGCAGCACUUGUGAACAUGGCACAAAGUAUCAUUAAAUAAAUACUAAAAUGUCUUACUAAAUAGUGAAUAUUUUGUGUAGAUGAUUUUCAUAAUUUCCUCACCUCACUUUGUAGCACU